AUGAGUGCCACCGGGCCAAGCUCGCAGUGGGACGACAAUGUCCAGCCGAAAAUCACUCCCAACCCAUACGCGAAGCUUUUGGACCACGUCAACCGAGUCACCUUCCCCGAAUACACCGGUCCGGUCCGCAAGGUUCUGCUCGCUUUCGGCUGCAUCCAUGCCGUCACCGCGCUUGUCUGCAUAACUGUCAUGCUCAUUCCUCUGCGGCGGAGCCCCGAGGCUCGGAAGAAACUUACUUGGCUUUUGCGGAAAAAAUAUGUCGCAUCUAUCUCCACUCCUUACCACGUCAUGAAUAGCGGGCUUGUUGUAGUCGCCGCCCAGCUUAUUUCUAGUCUCGUCUUUGUGACAUACAUUAUUCUUGAUUAUUAUAGUCUCAAUUCGACUUCGUUUGCUCUGAGGGCUUGUCUUCACGUCUGGUUGAAUUCUGGGGCCAUUCAGCAGUCCCGAGCACACCAUAUUUACGUCGUCAUUUUGUUUUUGAAAGUCUCUGCUCCCCAAGCGUGGUCGGUUGUCCUUGUUCUUGGCAUCAAAGGCGAGGCGGACUCUUACUAUGCACUAGCUGCCCACUUGGAGUACGGCUCGGAUAAUUGGCAGCCUGGACAAAGCUCCAGCAACCCGAUUCAUAAACGUGCAGUUUAUUUACUUGGAAAUUACGUAGACCAGGGUAAAUACUUUUCCAAUUGCUGGAUUUGGUCCUCGAGGACAUGGUCGGCGAUCGGCAUUUCACUUGCUCUGUUUUAUGCACUCAAUGUCGCAAACUUGCUCUACGUGCUGAGACAAUGCCUGAAAGCGUCACAGACUCCACACCAAUUCAGUGGAAACGCGAGGCCGGCCGACACACUCGACCAUAACGUUCCGUCUUAUUGUCGCGAAAACCUCGAAUCGCCCACUCCUCGGAUAACUCUUCCCGAAGUCCCGAUGGGCAACUCGAAAAAAUUUCCCCGGUCUAUUGUCGCUCAACCCUCCGUCAAAGAGCUCAAGAAUGGGUAUAUUUAUCUAAUCGUGCACUGUACAAUCAUGCUGUUGGACCUGUGUAUCCACGUCACUACUUCUACAAUAAGAACGGUGCACUACGAACAGUCUAUUGUGGAUAAGGGUUGGAGAUCGAGGACUACCUGGUUAGUGCUACUAGGCUCUACUUUGGCCUCGUUGGCAAUGAUCUUUCACAGUUGGAGAAUCUUUACCGAACGUGACAAAACCAAUGUUCCGGAGCCCAAUCCUGGAAUCCUUGUCCGAAAGUUUCUCACUUCUCAUCGUGAAGGACCCGAGCCAGACUCCAACACGCCCAACUUCACUUUCCAGCGGCAGAAGUCGCACGAAACCGAGCCGAGUAAAACAGACAAACUCGAGCACAAUGUCUUAUCCAAAUCCAGCACACCCACUUCUGAUUGGUCGAUCAACCCGAUGCAACCAUCUCGUUCACCGCCUCAAUUCUCGGCAUUAGAUGAUAUCAAUCGUUAUACAUCAUACGAAAUGCCCCCGAUCAGCGAACGCGACAAGUUGGGCGGUUAUCUUUGCGUUCCAUCUGCUCAUGUUUCGUAG